AAGCGUGACUGCGAUGCGCGCGGUCAACAAGGAGGUGAGCUGGCACGCGGACAAGUCUCACUUGGACCCUUGGCAGCUCGACCGUGUCGUUGAAGCGUCUCGCUCGAGGAGGAUGAGGGGUCGAUGAUGAGGAUGGACCGGCUGAUGCUGUUGCGAAUGCACUGACGAACGGCUUUGUCAUGCUCGGACGCGAUCGACUGCAUGUACAUCCUGCUGUCUGCCGUGUGAGCGCGGUGGCUGGCCUUGAUCUGAGCAUUGCAGCAGGUCAGUCGAUCGUCCAAUGACGCGGACGAGCUGCGCGCGCGCCGAGUGCUGCGACAGCUUAGCCACAGAAUGGCCGCACCGGGAGGCGGAGGAGCGUACAGCUUCUCUCUGACGACAUUCAGUCCGUCCGGCAAGUUGGUACAAAUCGAGCACGCACUUGCAGCAGUCCAGGCAGGCACGACAUCGCUCGGCAUCAAGGCAGCCAACGGCGUAGUGAUAGCGACAGAGAAGAAGCCUGCCUCUGUGCUCGUAGACGACAGCAUGAUCGAGAAAGUCUCACUGAUCUGCCCAAACAUCGGGAUCGUCUACUCUGGCAUGGGCCCUGAUUUCAGACUGCUCGUCACCAAGGCGAGGAAGAGCGCUCAGGCGUACUGGAAGAUCUACGGCGAGUACAGCCCGGUACGGGUCAUGGUACAAGAGAUUGCGACGAUCAUGCAAGAAGCCACGCAAUCAGGAGGUGUACGACCAUUCGGCGUGAGUCUACUGGUCGCAGGCUACGACGCAGCAAGAGGGCAUACGCUAUGGCAAGUCGAUCCCAGUGGGAGCUUCUUUGCCUGGAAGGCGAGUGCGAUCGGCAAGAACCAGAACAAUGCAAAGGUCUACCUCGAGAAGCGAUAUCAAGAUUCGAUGCAGCUCGACGAUGCGAUUACGACCGCGCUGCUGACACUCAAAGAAGGCUUUGAGGGCGAGAUGUCUGAGAAGACAGUCGAGAUUGGCAUCAUUGGCUCAGCGGCCGAAGCGAGUCAGGCAGGGACAGUACCGACAUUCCGCAAGCUGUCCGAGGCGGAGGUCAAAGACUACCUGUCCAACUGAGAUGCAGCAUG